GAUACCUGUGCAACAUUUGCAGCAUUUCUGUAAUCAGUGGAAGGCAUUUUGGGCACUGUUUUAGCUGCAAUAGUGUUGAGAAACCACCAAGUUUGACUGCAUGUUUACACACUAUAGUGCGGAUAUGGUCACACCGUAGAAAGUGUAGUUUUUGAUAUUUUCCGCUGCACAACUUCCGGUUGUAGUUUUUUCUCUCACUGCCGACAGUAUUUGUAACCGGCUCCAGCCAUGGAGCGCUGGAUGUGGUUGUCGGUUUUCCUGUCCGUGGUAUUAUGUUACGCUUACGCCCAAAUGUUUCCUCAGAAUUUACCACCUCAGUCACCAAUGAACAACCCGUUCGCCCGGCCUCCCGGAGGGGCGGCUGCGCCGAUCACUUGGAAUUCCCGUCCUCUGACAACAGGACAGCGUCCAAAUCAGGAACGCUAUCCAGAUCUCAGAAAUCCUUAUAUGCCGCAAGAAUACAGAAGAGAUCCACUUCUUUACUCGUAUGGGCAUGAAUGGGGCGAUAAAAGCCCGGAACGACGUGGAGGAGUGACGGAACAGGUCAAUAUUCCGUUCCGACUCCCGUUUUACGGAGGUGUAUACAAUUAUACAAUUGUUGCUACCGACGGUUUCAUCGCGUUUGCGCCGCCCCCACACGGAACUUCCAACAAUCCUCAAUUUCCUAAUCCCAGAUAUCCGCAGGAGCGUGAUCAUCCGUUUAUCGCGCCUUUUUACUCCAAAACCGGCUUUACGCGCCGGAGCAACGUCUUCUACCGGACCGUCGCUAAAGGUCAAAUCGCGAGCACGGCUCCCGGACUGCAAGAACAGCAGAGAAAGCAAUAUUAUGAGAAUGACUUGAUCUUGGAAAUGGCCCUGCGCGAUAUUCGCUUUGGCAUAAUUGGUGCCGAGGAAUUCGUACCGAUUGCCGGCUUUCUGGUUACCUGGAGCAACUUGACAUUCGAAGGCAAGGCUUUCGAUGAUGAUAAGCUGGAGACGGAGCCAGUGCCGGAAAAUACCUUCCAGCUACUGGUUGUCACCGAUGAGGAAGCACGCACGUAUGCCAUUUUCAACUAUAAGGAAGUUAGCUGGACAACGCAUUCCGGCGCAUAUGGUGAUGUGCACACUGGUCUCGGUGGUCAUCCAGCGCGGGUUGGUUUUAACGGUGGUAACGGCACCGGUUUCUGGGAAUUGGCACCAUUUUCCAGGGACACUCGUCUGGCUCAAAUCGACGAGCGAUCUAACGUCGAUUUCACUGGCCGAUAUAUUUUCCGUGUUGAUGAAGUUAUCCAACCAGCUGGAUGCGUUGAAGGAGUUUAUCAGGGCAUGGCGUACGCUGCACCCAGUGGAGGCAGCAUGUUGGGUGGUGAAAUGAUCAACGUCACCGGACCGUGUUUCCUGCCAUCGAGUCAGAUCCGCUGCAAGUUCGGCCAGUAUGAGACGCAGGGCAUUUAUCUGAAUCCCGUCCAGGCGAAAUGUAUCACACCCAUGAUGUUCGAAGCCGGUUGGCGUGAAUUCGGUGUUAGUGUUGAUGGAGGUCGGACAUACAAUUUCCGAGGAGAAUUCUUUGUCGUGCAACAUGGACGAGUUUCUCCGAGCAUCCAGCUGCGGGCUAUCGACGAUUGGUUUCUUGAAAACCCGCCCACGCAACUCACUCUGGAAUGGAAUCCCAGGAACAUGACAUGGGCCGAUGGUCUGCAAAUCGAUAUUGGUAUCUGGGGUUAUCGAGAAAAGAGUGACAACCCGGAAAUACAGUUCCUGGCAAAUAUUGCCACAAAUGUACCGAACAACAAUGGUCGUUAUCAGUUCGAUCCCCAUGGACUGACACCUGGUAAUUUCCACGCAAUAUUCACCUACGGAUUUCUUCGCAUCAACGCUACGGACACGUCGGGAGCGAGUUCUGCCGAAUAUCCACAUCUCUGGUCCGAAACCAUACCGUUAGCCUGGUACUUCCGGAAGCAAUGGCGAAAUACUAUUGGUGACGACUAUGCCGGGCAGUUCUGUCGCGAUUGGUACUACGGCGAUCGCGUUCUGCCGCAGUUUAUUGGUUAUCUCGAGCCAUGUCCCUGCACCCUCGCCCAAGCGCAGGCAGAUAAAGGUCGUUUCUUGCCGGAUUUUGAAUGCGACUACGACGGCCGCAGUACGUGCAACCUCCACAAGGAGGCCAUUCACUGCGUGCAUGGACCGGUGCACCCAUUCAAUGGAGCCGGACAGGAGUGCUGCUAUGAUCGAGAGGGAAAUAUUCAUUUGACGCACGAUAAAAAGUGGGGUGGAUCACCCAAUCGCGCCCAUCCAUGGGGUGUUAUUCCAUAUCGCGAAUCCCGUAAAGUGCCGUCACUGUCUAACUGGUUCCACGACAAUAUGCCCUGGUUUUUCUGUUGCCAUUGGUCAGACAACUGUGACUAUUAUGGACAGUAUCGCCGUGUUUCGCACGACUGCGUUGGAUACCAUCCGCCGGGCGCUGCUAUCAUCUUUGGAGAUCCCCACGUUAUCACAUUCGACAACAUUCACUACGGAUUCCACGGAAAGGGUGAUUACGUUUUGCUAAAGUCCGAUCUGCGACAGUUUCUAAUCAAUGUUCAAGCCCGUCUGGAACAACCUCCUCGGCAAUCUUUCGGUCUGAUCAACGCCACGGUGAUCCGAGCAGUCGCUAUGAAGGAAAACGACUCGGACGUCGUGGAAAUUCAGGCGCGUGAGUCGCACAAACGUUGGCGCUACCGCCUCCAGAUUCUCGUCAAUGGUCAACCGCGCUAUUUCGAUCGACCGUGGUUGAAGCUGCAAACCUUCAAAGGCGUAUCCAUCCACAGUCCUGAAUUUAAUUUGGAUCAGUCUAAUUUAGUCGUCCGAUUUCCGUCCGGUAUUGGUGUGGAAGUACAGGAAGUGCAGGGUUAUCUUCACGUGACCUCUUACGUGCCUCGCGAAAUACAGAAUCACACGUACGGCCUAUUCGGGAACUGGAGUGGAAUACCAGAAGACGACUUGAAAACGGCCAAUGGCAUCGAAGUACCGGUAUCGUCCAAUCCGCGGGCAAUAUACCAAGAUUUCGCAAAAACUUGGCAAGUUCAAAACAAUCCCAUCACCGGAUCAUCGUUGUUCCAGUAUCGCACGUACCGCGGUGACCUUAUGACAAAUACUGGUAACCCCAACGAGCGCGGCGAAGAAUGGUUCCCGGUUUUCGAUGAACCUCAAUAUCCUCCCGCGAACACAACGCUGAAGAUGUCGGAAGUGGAACAAUUAUGCGGUCCACCGAUACCAGAGAACAGAGAAUGCCGGUACGACUACCUCGUGACCGCUAACCGUCACAUCGCCGAAGCCACCGCCCAAGCCAAGAUCAACUUCACAGCAAUGCGCAACAACGGUCUGCGACCGGUGUUAAGCUGCGGCGCCAUUUUUACGCCCAAAUACGGAAUCAAAGAAGGCUACCGUAUUACCAGUGGUGCGUCCAGUACUUUCACCUGCAUGGACGGCUACUACCUGUACGGAACAGCUCAGUGGAAGUGUCUGCCGGAUGAAGGACGUUGGACCUAUGGCGAACUUCCGUACUGCAUGUCAUACGGAGAAUGGUCCAGAUGGGUUGCCGGUACAGCCAUGGGAAUCGUGUUAGCCGUUCUGAUACCUGCCGUCACGGUCAUCUUGCUAUGUCUCAGCCGGAAACGUUCCGACAGCUCAGGGCGAUCGGGAGCAGAGACACGCGCACUAAAUUCGCGACCAGCAACCUCAUCGGAACUGCCGACAGUUCAUAAGAAGACAACGACAGUGAUAACGUCAUACGAUACCAAAGAAGAAAGCCCAACCUCCAAGAAAAGCACAAUGGAAGCUGAUAAUAACGUGAAAACGGCGAUUUACACCAAGCCAGCGAAAGACAUCAGUCCGCCCUACCGACCAAAGGCGUAUAGUCCCCCGGGAGCGGGAAGAGGGCCACGUGAAACCAGUGCAUAAAAUAGCGCCAGUAUCGUAAUAACAGUCUUAUGUAAAUCUUCGGUUUACAGUACUAAAAGAAUAGUCUCCUUUGUUAGUGUUUUGUACAAUUGUUCCAGUUCUCAUCCAGUAAAUUUCAUGUACCGCGACUAUUUAUAAUAUGCGCGAUGACAUAUUUUAUUUUUUCAUCGUCAUAGUUUGUUGUUUUUGUGAAAUCAGUCAAAUAUUGUUAUAAUUUAGUAUUAUUUGUCAGUCCAAAACCAACUGAAUACAACAUAAUUAUGCAAAAUGAACGUCAACAGCAU